GCUAUGGAGACGGGUUCUGGUUUGUUACACGUCUUCAAUUUAAUUUUAUCUGUAUGUUUUAUCAUAUCCGCUAAUAUUAUAAUAACGACCCGGGCAGAUAUAUCUUGUGAAUCUUGCCCGUCGCCGUUGCGAGUUAACCGAAAGGAUGUACAUCUGGAUAUGCGCACCGUUCCGGCAGGGACUGGGAAUCCUCCGACACAUGCCGGACCGGAGCCGAGAGUUUUUGACAAAAAUAUUGGAGUAUUCGCCGAACAAACUGGCACUAGUCCUGUGGAUGUAGCUACAUUUCAGAAAGAUUUUGAACGAUACGGAGACAACACGAAAGUCUCCUCGGAAGCUUCAGUUCUGGGUACUAAAAGCGAAGAAUUUGAUUUGGGAAUGCCGAAUAUCUCCGAUGGAGGAUCCGAAUUUCACAAAGUGGAGAAAGGGGAUGCGACAUUUUUUAGGGCCAAACGAAGCGAACCGGAGCCCUUUGAAUUCACUGAAGGCGCGUGGACCAGCGAAGGCGACCGAAUGUUCAGUGACUCAUCGACCAAAAGGAAGAUCCCCGGCCCGCUUUUGGACGAGCAAAAACGGAGGUCCGAACCCCGGUGGAACAGGGAUGAAGCUAAAGUAACCAACACCAAGCAAGACGAGCCGAAACUAACAAGCAGCACUUUUGCUCUAACUGGAGACUCUGCCCACAACCACGCUGUCGUGUAUUGGUCUGGGCAAAAUAGCAGCGUGAUUUUGAUCCUCACCAAGCUCUAUGACUUCCACCUGGGGAGUGUGACUGAGAGCACCUUAUGGAGGUCGACGGAUUACGGGACAACUUAUGAGAAACUGAACGACAAAGUCGGAGUGAAGACUGUUCUCAGCUACCUGUACGUGUGCCCGACCAACAAGAGGAAGAUAAUGGUGUUGACCGAUCCGGAGUUUGAGAGCAGCGUGCUCAUCAGCUCGGACGAGGGGGCCAGCUACCAGAAGUACCGCCUGAGCUUCUACGUCCUGAGCCUGCUCUUCCACCCUGCGCAGGAGGACUGGGCCUUGGCCUACAGCCACGAGCAGAAGUUGUACAGCUCAGUCGAUUUCGGCAGGAAGUGGCAGCUUGUCCAUGAAGCCGUGACGCCUAACAGAUUCUACUGGUCCGUAAUCGGUCUGGAUAAGGAGACUGACCUUGUCCACCUGGAGGCCAACACACCUGAUGGACGUGCACAGUAUGUGACCUGUCGGGCACAGAGCUGCUCUGAGACCAACCGCAACUACCCGUUCGCUGGCUACAUCGACACCAACUCGCUGGUGGUCCAGGACGACUACAUGUUCAUUCAGGUCACCUCGGCUGGACGGGCGUGGUAUUACGUUUCCUAUCAGAGGGAGGCCUUCAUGAGAAUUAAACUGCCCAAAUAUUCCCUUCCCAAGGACAUGCACAUCAUCAGCACGGACGAAGGCCAGGUGUUUGCCGCCGUGCAGGAGUGGAACCAGAACGACACCUACAACAUCUACAUCUCCGACCCGACAGGCAUCCUCUUCACCCUGGCCCUGGAGAACGUCAAGGCCAGCCGCGGCCUCGGGGGCAACAGCAUGAUCGACCUGUACGAGGUAGCAGGCAUUAAGGGGAUGCUGAUCGCCAACCGCAAGCUGGAGAACCAGGUGAAGACCUACAUCACCUACAACAAGGGCCGCGACUGGAGACUGCUGCAGGCGCCCACCAGCGACAUUGAGGGGAACGACAUCCACUGCGUCCUGCCUUUCUGCUCCCUGCACCUUCAACUGCAAAUGUCAGAAAACCCAUACCUCUCAGGAAGCAUAAUCAGCAAGAACUCUGCACCCGGAGUCAUCGUGGCCACAGGAAACAUCGGUUCGGAGCUCUCCUACAACAACGUGGGAAUGUUCAUAUCCUCCGACGCCGGGAACAGCUGGAGGCAGAUCUUUGAAGAAGAGCACAAUGUCUGGUUCUUGGACAAGGGAGGCGCCUUGCUCGCUGUCAAACAGCCCACCGUGCCUACCAGACAUCUCUGGGUGAGCUUUGACGAGGGCCGACAGUGGGACCGCCACAGCUUCUCCAUGGUGCCUCUGUUUGUGGACGGCGUGCUGGUGGAGUCGGGCAUGGACAGCCAGAUCAUGACGUUUUUUGGACAUUUUAGCCAUCGAUCGGAGUGGCAGCUCAUUAAGAUUGACUACAAGUCACUCUUCUCCAGACGGUGCACAGAGGGUGACUUCCAGACCUGGCACCUCCACAACCAGGGUGAGCCGUGUGUGAUGGGCCAGAAGCAGAUCUACAUGAAGCGUCGCCCGGGCAACCACUGCAUGCUCGGCCGUGACUACGCCAGGGUCCUGUCCGCUGAGCCCUGCAUUUGCCGAGCGCACGACUUUGAAUGUGAUUACGGGUACGAGCGGCGUGGGGACGGUAACUGCUCGCCGUCGUUCUGGUACAACCCUGCCACGGUGUCCAGGAGCUGCAGUCACGGACAGAACUACCUCAACAGCACGGGAUACCGCAAGGUGGCGGCGAAUAACUGCACCCGGGGGGUGAAGGAGAUGUACACGGCCCGGCGGCAGCAGUGUCCCAACCGGCCGCCCCGCGGCCUGCAGCUCAGCACUGGAGAGGAGGAGAAGCUGACCGCUCCACUCGCCUCCAACGUCACCUUCCUGGUGCAGCUCGAAGAGGGAGACUCGAUGCGGACACACAUCCAGCUGGACUUCGGCGACGGCACGGCCGUGUCCUACUCCAACCUCACCUGGGCUGAGGAGGGCAUCAAGCACAUGUACCGCAGUGCCGGAAUCUUCCGCGUCACCGCGCUGGCGGAGAACGAGAUGGGUGCCGAUAGCACCUCUCUCUACCUGCACGUUACGUGUGCUGUGGAGCAUGUCCAGCUGCUGGCUCCGUUCGUGGUCAUCCGGAACAAGGAGGUGAACCUGACCGCCGUCGUUGGGCCCAGCCAAUCCCGGACACUCACCUACUUCUGGUGGCUCGGUAAUAGCUCCGAGCCCAUUGUGACGCUGGAUGGCAGCAUCUCCCACACCUUCACCAGCGAGGGCAUGCACACGGUCACCGUGCAGGUGUCCUCGGCCAACUCCAUCCUGCAGGACACCAAGACCAUCGCCGUGCAAGAAUUCUUCAAAUCGUUACUUUUAUCUUUCUCCCCUAAUCUGGACGAGGUCAACCCUGACAUCCCGGAGUGGAGACAGGACGUUGGCAGGGUAAUUAAGAAGGCUCUACUGCAAAUUGCUGAUGUUCCGGAAAAACAGCUCCUGGUCGCAGUGUUUCCUGGAAUUCCAACUGCUGCCGAGCUGUUCCUCCUGCCCAGCAAGAACCAGUCCAAGGGCCGGAAAGAGAACGAGGAAGAGCUAGAGCAGAUUUCAGAGGUCCUUGUCAGCGCCUUGAACCAGAACCUGGUGGAGUUUGAGCUGAAGCCCGGUUCUCGCAUCAUUGUUUACAUCACACAAUUAACCUUGGCACCGCUUGUAGACUCGAGCCCGAGACACAGUAGCUCUGCGAUGCUCAUGCUUCUCUCCGUGGUGUUCCUGGGUUUAGCCGUCUUUCUCAUCUAUAAAUUCAAAAGAAAAAUCCCGUGGAUCAACAUCUACGCCGAGGUGAACCACGAGAAGGAACAGGAGAUGAUCAACACGGUGGGGCAGAGCGAAACGGCGCCCAAGAUCACCCUCAGCGAGUUCCCCACGCAGAAGGAGCUCAUGGAGAAGGAGCUGGAGUGCCGUGCCAAACGUAAGCUCGGAACUCCAGCUCAUCGUUGCUGCCGCGGUGACUUGGGCAGAGGGGGCAUGGCGAACACCUGCGAAAGCACAAGGGAGAUUCCAAACUGUACGAGUGUGUAAAAGAAAAUCUGUCGGCGUCACCGAGGUCUGCACGCAAGGAGGAGACGCCAUUCAUGAGGGUCCCCCUGGUUUCCUUUUGUAACCCCCCCGCCCCCCAAAACCAUCAUGUUAAUACUUUUCUAAGGCGCUCAUUUCUACCGAUCUGCAUGGAUGUCCCAUUUGUUAAGAUGUACGCGGCAGAUUCAAAGAACAACCAUUAAAAAAAGACAAAAAAAAGACAUACAGUUAAAAGAACUGAACCCGUUGUUGAGGACUUAGGUGAUACAGAAGAGAAUGGGCAGUGUGAUUUGAUUAAACAUGUGGCCAUGACUAAUAGCUUUGAGCUCAGAGGGUGUAAAUCUCCAUACUGUAGUGCUUCUUCUCAACAUGGAAAUGUCCCCUUCGUCCCCUUCGUACACUGUGUUGUUUAAGUCCGUUAGAAAGUACGUAAGGGCAAACGAGGAAGCUCUAGGUGUUCCAUAGGUUCCAAGCAGGUUCAUGUACAUCAAGGACAUCACUGGUUAUUUGUUUACUUUGUUGAAGUUUCGUGAUUGUUUUAGUUGUGCAGUUGGCCUCGACUCAGCUGCUGCUCCUAAACCUCUCCACAUUAGCCACCGUCACCUUUAACUCCACAUUUUGAAAAGCCUCAUGUGAACGUUUACUAUUUUUAAAACAUGACAGUGAGAGAGGAGGGGGGUGGCCUCUCAUUUCCAUAUUAAUUAUCAGUUGGGCCAUGGAAAGAGGGGUCAAAGCUAAACAAGUUAUGCAAAUGCUUGCGGAGAAACAAAGGCUUUGUGAACCUGCCACGAGGAUGAGUGUCAUAUGCGAAAGACCAAGUGCUCUGGCAAUCAGUCAAAUAGUUGUUAGUGCUUUUCUCUUGUAGGCCCCAGUUGUUUGUAACCAGAGAGGGAGAGAUAAAGAGCACAUUGUUAUAUGACAUCACUCUGAUCGCUAAGAUUAAUACCAAGUCGAAACAAGUUGACUUAACCUGCUUAAAAAUAACGGUGGUGGUAAUCAUACCUGUCAUCACGGUGUGACAUUCUGGGUAGAAAAUCAAGAGAGAGAGAAUGUCUCCAAACAACAUUAGACAUUUUAGUCUUUUUUUUUUUUUUGGUUCGUUUUGUUUCUUUGGCUCUAUAAAUUAAUGCCUCUCUUGACUCUCAGCCUGCGGGUGUGUUUGACAGAUUUUGAUCCAACGUGUUAAAACGGAGCUAAUGUCUUUCUAGUCAGACAUAGAACAUUUUUGUUUUGUUGCAGAGGUGCAUCUCAAGACUUGUCGACUCUCUUGUGUUCCUAUUUUCCCCCUUUUAGUCCAUUAUCCUGUAAUGGCUUCUCUUUCUCAGCGUGCUGUAUGUCCAUAGCGAUAAUCACUUUUCAUAUAAGGUUCGGACUGAAACUAAUGUAAGCAUUGUAUAUUUGCUUGAUUUGCAAAAGUGUUUAUAAUUUUUGGUUGAUCUAAUUUGUACUGCUUGUGUGGACAUAGUUUACAGCUUAUGUCUAAAUAUUAAGUGGAAGCCUUAUAAAAGAUAAUGCCUUUAUCCACAUAACACCACAUUUUGCCAUUACAGUGAUACCAGUUGAAUUCAGAGCUCAUACAUACUGUAGUCCGCUAAGAAUUUAUCUUUUUUUCCCUAUCCUGUUCAAGUAUUCUUUGGGUAUAUCAUUAAAUAUUGUAAAAUAUUCUGAUAUUUAUUGGAAUAUUUUAUACAAUAUAUUAUGUUGCAGCUUUUUUGUGUUCAGCCUAAUUGUAUCAGUCAUUGGUCUACUGGUAAACAGCAUUGAACUGUAUUAUAGAUCAUUCAAGAUCAUUCUAUUUCUCUGUAUAUACAGCAAAUACUAUAUGACUUCAUCUUUACUUGGCUGUAAUGUAAAUAGGAUCAGGAAGACAGUAGACCUGGCCAUAGUCUCUUUUACAUUUAAAGUGUGUUGAGAAUCUAAACAUUGCUUACAAAUUCUAAAUCAUUUUAGUGGUUUUUAAGAGGUCCUUGACUUGUGCAUGUUAUUUCAGAGGACUUGAUUUCAGUGUUGUAGAUAAGUGCUGU